UGAGGGAAAAGAUCAAGAGGGUAGUGACUCUUAAAAUCAGUUCAAGAUGGAGCGACUAAAAUCAAGUACUUAAGGAGCUUUUUGAUUAAAGGCUCUUGACCAGGGCAGAGAUAACGGGACUGUAGCUUUACAGGACUGCAACAAGUGGAGCUUUUUUAUUUCACCUUUUUAUCCUGAUAGUUACCUCAUGUUUGCCCUGAAGUGCUACAAGGGACAAGGAAAAUAUCUUUGGGUCUGGGGGCUUACAGGCAGAUAUUGCAUGAGAGAGAGAGAGCAGACAUGGUCAGAAUGCACUUCACACGAAAACACACCUAACACCAACAGAUAAAAGAAGAUUAUCAGGGAUUACUAGCAAAACAUUCAUUUAGAUCUGUGGUUUAUCCAUCAUUUCAUCAAAAGAAAAGUAAUCUCUUCUUCCACUGAGUGUCCCACAGUGGAGUUAAUAAUGAGAGACGGGGUCAGGCCUGAGUGUGUUAAUUAGGAGGAGGGGAGAUAUUAGCUGGGGUCACCGGAUAGCACUAGCAUUAUUAUUCUUUCGUAAGCCCUUCUUAAGCCCUUCUUAUCAACACAUUUAAAUGUCACCAUCUGAAGACCCUGUUUUUAGCCUUUUUAGUUUCAUUUAAAUAUUUAAUCUUACUUUCUUGCCAGGAGAUGGAUUGGGUUUAAGGAUAGAUCCAUCUCCUUAGAUAUACACUUUUUAGUGAUAAAUCCAAACAUUUUUUAUAACUCUUUUGUAAAUGUUGCAUUGAUCUUUAAAGUGAGCACAAAGGGGUCUGAGGUCAGGGGAUGUAUGGCCAUCAUUCACCACAGGGAUCAAUAGCAGGAUAUCACAUUAAAUCUUUCUGUCCAGCAUACCGUUGAGUCCUUGCAUUUCUCCCGGAGUGAACCUACGUCCACCUAAAUCCCCUCUUGUUCAUUUUCCGUUCCAUCUGUCCUUUCCCACGUGUAUCAACUUCAGAUACCCCCCCCCCCCCCCUCGCUAUCCUAUCUUUUAAUCAAUCUGUCUUUAAAGUAUCGCUUUGUCAGCUGUGUUUGGUCAUCUUUUGUUUAAACAGUUACAUCACAUUAAUUGUUUUCUCUCCAUCUAAACCUGGCAGCUCAUCACCUCUUUAAACCAUCCCAAAACAUCUGCCCUGCCCUCCCAGCACCAUCUGUGACUGCAGUUAUACCCUCUGCCCUGUUCGUCCUAUUUCCACGUGCAGCAUCUCCCCCCUCUUUGCCUCACUUUGUCCCCCCUCUCUCUCCCUCUCUCACUGGCCUCGCCCUGCCUCCCUCUUCUCCUGCGUGGCCAUGCUGGAGCGAAUGUCCCGUCGCUCUCGCUCCCUGCUCUCCCUGACCUUGACCUCUCUGGCUCUGGCCCUCUCCAUCCUGGCCCUCUGCACCUCUUACUGGUGUGAGGGCACCCACAAGGUGGUGAAGCCCCUCUGCCUGUCGCCCGUCAAAAUGAAGAACUGUGGUCAGAACAACAGCGAGCCUUACACCACAGAGAGUCCCACUCAGAACCCGUACAACCGCACCCUGUCUCCGGCCCGGAGGGACGAGCUGGCCCGGAUCAGACAGCGGCAGAUGGCUAACGCAGUUCAGUACAUCUGGGAAACAGGAGAAGACAAGUUUGCUUUCAGAUACUUCCACACUGGUUUCUGGGAGAGCUGCGAGACACACAACGAUGGGGAGAAAUGUCGAAGCUUUAUAGAUUUAACGCCUGGGGAAACACAAGGUGUGCUCUGGCUGUCAGUUAUUUCAGAGUUUACGUACAUCGGUCUGCUGGGGAUGGGCUUCUUACUGAUGUGGCUGGAAGUCUUGUGUUCCCAUAAAGAGAUGCACUCGCUAAAAAUCAAUGCCUAUGCAGCUAUCUGUACUGUGUUAUCAGGUCUUCUUGGGAUGGUGGCCCACAUGAUGUUCACCACCGUGUUCCAGAUGACAGUCAUCGUUGGCCCCAAAGACUGGAGGCCUCAGUCCUGGGACUAUGGCUGGUCUUUCGCUCUUGCCUGGGUGUCCUUCAGUUGCUGUAUGGGGGCCGCCGUGGUCACACUCAACUCUUACACAAAGACCAUCAUCGAGCUCCGCCGCAGACAGAGGCUCCGAUUGGAGGAAGCGAGAGCCGCCACUCAUGCUCCUUCCUACGAUGAGGUCGUUCCCGGGGGGGGGCUGUACUCUGUCAGCGGCCUGUUGCAGUGUCCGGACGGCAUGAUUGACGUGGCGUGGGCCCCGAAUGGCAGCGUGGUUGGAAUGGGAAAUGGAGAUGUUCCAACACUGGUCUUAGUAGGAGGCUGCGGGUCAGAAGGGUGUGAAGACUGUGAGAGAGAGAUGGAUGAGAUGGAUGAUGCUAUGGACCGAGUGGAUUCCCCUUGUUAGUGGAUCUUUGAUUUCCAUCAAUUUAUAAGAGCCGAAAAACAAAAAAAGGAAAGAGACUUUCACCGAGCUUGAAAGGGAUGAAUGUGAGCAAACAGAUUCAGUUUUUCUUUUCUUCUUCUUCCAUUUUCCAGUGAGGUUGGGACACACAUUUUGCGUUUGAAGGCCGGGGAAAUCUAUGCAUAAUGAAACUGUAAAGACUACAACUGUGUGUCACACUGACAUGCAAGAUUGUUUCUGGGUAUUUCUCAGUGCCUCAUGGUAGAAAAGUAAAUGUGUGUCUGUAUUUGCAAAGGCAUAUACAUGUUUAUAUUGUGUUAUUGGUUAUUUAUCAACUCGCAAUGUAUCAGGUGUAGACAGGACAGAUUUUUCUUCUCCUGUUGAAAAGAUCAUCCUGUAAUUCAUAGUAAAUAUACAAUAUAAUCUCAUUUAUCUGAGUGGGACAUUCAACAUGUUUCCUUUUUCAGUGUCCUCUGUCUCUUGUGACAAACUUUAGAUGCAAUGCACGCAUACCAGAAGCUACAUCAAACACAGUUUCUCUGCAGAUGCACAGACAAAUACGAUAGACACAUAGCGAUAGAAAGAUUACAGAGCUUUUGAAAAGUCUGCUCUCUGAUGUUGAACAGAAGAUUAUGUGUAAACCAGUAAUCCCGAGUUGGAUGGAAAGGAGGAGGGAAGCAUGUGAAGGGAUGGAGAGGUGGAGGGUGAGCAGGUUGUCGGGGGGAGUUGGAAAGAAAUGCAGGCUGGCACGCACCCGCACACAAAAAUCUGCACCAUGGAAACAUCACACUUUCAGGGAAAUAAUUGUGUUGAAUGUACAUUUAUACAGGCAACAAUUUCUAAAUAAAUGCAUCAACAUGUUCCUUA